AUGUAUUACAACUACAAAAAAUUCUUUAGCAUCGUUCUGAUGGCCGUUUGUGAUGCCAAGUAUACUUCCACUGCAAACUUGAUGCAAAAUACUUUGCCACUACCGCCCCCCGCGCGAAUAUCUAUGGAAUCGCCCCAACCAUUACCACACCUUUUCGUUGGCGAUGCUGCAUUCCCAUUGAGAACAAACUUGCGAACCAAGCGGAUUUUUAAUUAUCGGCUGUCAAGAGCGCGUAGAGUAAUAGAGAACAGCUUUGGAAUAUUAACGGCGCGAUGGAGAAUUCUUCGCACGACGAUUGAAUAUGACCCUAAAAAUUGCGAAAAAGUAGUGUUAGCAUGCAUUGUGUUACACAAUUUUAUAAUUUUAAACUAUCACAAUCGUUGGUAUUGCCCUGAAAAUUAUGUUGAUCGACAAGAACCAGGCAACAUCGUUCAUUGUGGGGAAUGGUGA